AUGGGCGCUGCGUGGCAGUCACCAGGCCCAGCCACCUAUGAUUUUCGGACGGGAGUGAACGAUGGGUGGAACGCUAGUGGUGCUUCUGGAUUUGAAGCAGAAAUGGGCAGACUGACGGGUAGGGAUGCCACUCUGUUCAUGGUUUUUAGCAUUAUGGGAAACCAAGUUGCUUUGAGGACUCAUCUAGGAACUCCACCGCAUUCCAUUCUAUGUGAUGUGCGUAGCCAUCUAGUUCACAUGGAAACUGGUGGGGCGGGUAGCUGGUCAGGGGCACUGAUGGUGACAAUAGCUUCCUCCAAUGGUCUUUGGUUGACUCUGAAAUAUUUACAGCGCUAUGCUGUCAUUUCAGAUGGAACUGAUUUUUGCACCUGUCCAAUAAAACUCAUUCACUUAGAGGUUCCACUAGGUGGCAUUGUGAUGCCACUGAGCGAAGUUAAACGCAUAUGUCAUUGGGCUAGAUCCAACGAUAUCGUGGUUCAUUUGGAUGGCGCCAGGCUUUGGGAGGCCGUCGCAUCUGUCGCCGGUACUCUUCAUGAGUAUUGUGCUCUCCCAGACUCGAUUAAUCUCUGCCUCACUGAAGGACUUGGAGGAGAAGUAGACAGUGCUCUCGUUGGUAAUAAAGCAUAUUUGAAGCGUGCAAAAUGGGUGAAGAAAACUAACAGUGCUCAAUAUUACAGCAUGGUUCAAUACGUCUCAUCAGAUCGUAGUGGAGUAUUACUCACGAAGGAUCCGGGAAAGGAAAUGCUAGAAAGAUACCCUCAAUUGAUGAACAGAGAUAAUGUUGCGGUUUCUUGGUCCCCUAAGUGUAAAGGAGAUAAGGUUCUCGGUCUAGAGACGAUGGAGGUUGCAUGGCUCAGUCGAUAUAUCGUGACAAGUCGACAAUCCUUGAGCCAUUUACUCGAUCUUGGAGCUGAGAUUCGACGCUGA